AUGUUUCCAAACAUCUUCCUCGCAAUUUCCGCUCUCGUAGCUUCAGUCACCGGUGCCGUUCUCGACCCCCGAAACGGAUAUCCAGGUCCGCAUCAUGGGGAUCCUCGUCUCGUCUACCAGUUCGCCAACGGAACAAUGCUUGAAAACAUUGCCAUCCGGUCCAAUGGCAACCUUCUCGUCACCCUCACCGACAGGCCAGAGCUCUACGAAGUCAACCCAUUCAUCCCCAAGACGGCAAAGCUCGUCCACCGCUUCCCGGGUUACCUCGGCCUCCUGGGCAUCACAGAAGUCUCACCAGACGUAUUCACCCUCAACGCCGGCAACUUCUCCAUCACGACCGGCCCAGCUGCAGGCUCGUGGGCAGUCUGGCAGGUUGCUUUCCACAAGGACCAGCCGAAGGUGUUCAAAGUCGUCGACAUCCCUGGGGCCUUGUCCCUCAACGGCAUGACCACUCUUGCGUCUACUCCCAACACCAUCCUCGCUGCCGACUCAACCGCAGGCGUCAUUUAUAGCGUAAACACGCGGACCGGCAGCUACAAGGUGGUUCUGGACGACGAGACGUUCAAGCCCGCGGCUGACGCAGAGAUUCCCAUUGGCAUCAACGGUAUUCGCUAUUUCGACCACUACGUCUAUUAUACGAAUUCCUUCAAGCCUUUCUUUGGCCGCGUCCGUGUCAACAAAGCGGGAUACGCCACCGGAAGCUAUGAGGCUAUCGCGACAGACGUUGUCGGCGAUGAUUUCGCCGUCACGCCACACGCGGCUUAUAUCGCAGGGAACCCGACCAACGUGGUCACCAAAGUGAACUUGUCAACCGGCAAAGGUGAGGUUAUUGCUGGAAACCUCAACUCAAGCCUUGUUGCUGGAGAUACCUCGGUGGCUUUCGGACGCACAAAGAAGGAUAAGCAUGUUCUUUAUGUCGUUACUGUGGGUGGCUCGCUGAGUCCUGUCAAUGGCACCUUUAGUGAGGGCGGCAAGAUUGUGGCUUUAGAUAUAUGA